AUGUAUGAAACAAUUCGACCAAAAGUUGUACAUACAGCUGUUAAAUAUCUUGUCCAACAGGAACUAUAUAAAGGCGAAGGUAUCAUUAUAUCCGAUGAUUGGUUGAAUGAGUAUUCUAAUGAACGAGAAAAUUUCAUUAUUAAAGAUGAAGAUAAAAAAAUUGACGCGAAUGAAAUCAUGAAGGAAUCAGAAUUUGAUGAUAAUGAUGCCAAUUGGAAUGAAUCCGAUGAUAAACCAAUCAAUCCAGUAGCUACUGAAACAUUAUUAAAUGAUGAGAUUGAAGAUCAGAAUGAUAUCGGUAUUAAAUUUGCUCCAGCAGAGAAUAAUAGACCAAUAUCAAUUUUGAUGGAUAUGAAAGUUGAUGAAUUAACAUUUCCAAAAAUUUAUUGUGGUAAACAAAGAAAAAUCAAAGAAAAUGUUAAAUUGACUUACGCUAAAAUUGCAGCAGAAACAAAGUGGUCAGAACUUAUUGUAAUAUUGGCUAAAGUGUUGGAAAAUAAAGUCAUAACAUUAGAAGAAGCAGAGAAUAUGAGCUAUGAAAAGAAGUGUGAUUUGAUAAGAAAAGAUCCUGUAACAUGUGUUCGUUAUUUUGAACAUAGAGUAAAAUGUCUAUGGGAAAUAUUAUCCGCUCCUUCUGGUCCAUUUCAAGGCUACGAACUAGAAGACAAAUAUGUCAGAAUUGAAUUUCAAGCUCGUGGUUCACCACAUGUUCAUGCCUUGAUAUGGUUAAAAAAUGCUCCAAAAUACGACAAAAAUAAACCUGAAUCAAUUAAAGAAUGUAUAGAAUUUAUUGAUAAACUGAUUUCAGUUAGUUCGAAACCAACACAAUUUUCUGAAGAACUUAUAAGUUUGCAACGUCAUAAACAUUCACAUACCUGUAAAAAAUAUGUGAACGGUUGUAUUAAAUGUCGUUUUGGUAUUCCAUAUUUUCCGAUGAGAGAAACUAUGAUUUUGGAACCAUUUAGUGACGACGAAAAGUUAACUAAAAAAGAACGUGAAGAAAUAAGUAAAAAGAAGGAGAACGUAAUGAAAGAACUUGAAAAGAUAUCAAAAGAUAUCGAUAAUUCAUUAACUUUUGAUGAAUUUUUGAUACAUAUUAAUAUGAAUGAAAAAGAAUAUAUUAAAAUGAUUCGAGCUGACUUAAAAAAAGCAAAGGUCUUCUUGAAACGUGCUCCAAAUGAAAUCCGAAUCAAUGCAUAUAAUCCACAAAUAAUGUCAUUACACAGAGCAAAUAUGGACAUUCAAUUCAUUCUUGAUCCUUAUGCAUGCUUAAAGUACUGUGUUGAAUACAUCAACAAAUCUGAAAAUGGCAUGUCUAAACUUCUACGAGAAGCAUUGAACGAGUUAAAAAAAGGCAAUAACACAGUCAGAGAACGUCUUAGAGUUAUUGCAAAUAAAUUUUUGAAUUCAAGUGAAAUUUCUGCACAAGAAGCUGUUUAUCAUAUUUUAAGUAUUCCACUUUCCAUUAGUAGCAGAAGUACUGUUUUUAUUAAUACAAACAGACCUGAAAAUAGAAUUUCUAUGCUCAAAUCAGAUGAAAUUCUUCAAAAAUUGGAGCCUGAUUCAAAAGAUGUGUUUGUUGAGGGCUUAAUUGAGAUGUAUGUUAAUAGACCUGACGAAAUGAAAAAUGUUUGUCUGGCUGAUUUUGCUUCGAUGUAUAAUAUUUCAAAGAAAAAAACAGAUAAUGAUCGAAUUAUAGAAAAUUCUGAUGACGAAGAUAUCACUGAAAAUGAAAGUGAUAAUAAAAUUGCUCCUAUGAAAAUGGAAAAUGGUAAGGGUUGGAUUAAAAAAAGGACAAAGAAAAAAAUCAUAAGAUACAGAUACUUUAAACUACAUCAAGAUCCUGAAAACUAUUAUAGAGAGCAGCUAAUGCUAUUUCUACCAUGGACUAAUGAAGAAGAAGAUCUUAUUCAUAUAAACCAUGAAGAGAGAUUUGAAUUGUAUAAAGAUAUAAUUCAACAAAAAAGAUCUGAAUAUAUUCAUCGUGAAGCUAAUGAAUUCGAACAAGCUUUAGAAGAACAUAUGGAAAAAAAAGAAGAUGAAGAUGAUAUUGAUGAUGCAAAUAUUGAAUACGAUCAAGAUAAAAAUGAAUUUCUCAUUUAUGAAAUAGGAAAUACUGAAGGUGAUAUUUUUGUUGAAAUGGGAAUAAAUACUCGAACUGAAAAAGUCGAACACUUUAAUGUUCCCAAAAUAAUACCAGACACAGAAUAUCAACAAAUGAUGAGAAAUCUUAAUAGUAAUCAAAGGAAAUAUACUCUAAACGUAAUGAAUUUGAUUAAAAAUGGUGAAAAUCAAUUUUUUCAUUUCAUCAAUGGAGGUGCAGGUGUUGGCAAAAGCACUCUAAUCAAAGCAGUGUAUCAAUCAAUACUAAGAUUUUAUAAUUCACUUCCAGGAUAUUAUCCAGAUAGUAUUCGGGCUGCACUAUGUGCACCAACUGGCAAAGCAGCAGCAUUAAUUGAUGGAAUGACUUUGCAUUCAUUUUUAAGUUUACCAGUAAAUCAAUGCAAACAUAAGCUUGUUCAACUAAAUAGCGAUGUUUCGAAUAGAAUUGGAGUCAAAUUAAAAGACUUACAAUUAUUAAUAAUAGACGAAAUAUCAAUGGUUGGUUUUACAAUGCUUCAACAAGUCGAUGCACGUUUGCAGCAAAUAAUGAGAACAAAGAAACCAUUUGGUGGAAUAUCAGUCAUAGUUUUAGGCGAUUUCAAUCAAUUAAGACCAGUUGGUGAUAAAUACAUAUUCCAGUUUAAUAAUUCAUAUAAUGCUUUAGUAGAUAGUCCAUUAUGGUCAUUAUUUGAAUUGUUUGAAUUAACAGAAAUUAUGAGACAAAAGGAUGAUAAGACUUUUGCCAUUGCAUUAAGUAAUAUAGCUAAAGGAACAAUGACAGAUGAAGAUAUUCAUCUGUUAAAGUCACGAAUUGUUUCAACUGAAAAUUUGGAAACGAUUGAAGAUGCCAUAAGAAUAUUCAGAAGCAAUGCUGAAGUUGAUGCAUACAAUACAAAAGUAUUGGCUAAUCUUAAUACUGAAGGUGCAACUGCCAAUGCAUAUGACUUUUGUAUUGGUGAUGGACUUGCAUCAUUAAAAGAAAAAGUGUUGAACAACGUAAAGAAUCUCAAAACAACUGAAACUUAUGGCUUACCACUUAAAAUCGAUUUGAAAGUGGGCGCUAAGUAUAUGUUGACAGUCAAUUCUGAUACUGAAGAUGGAUUAGUCAAUGGUGCUUGUGGAAAAUUAGUAAUGAUUGAUUACGGAAAACUUCAAAAAACUAAUGAAACAGUACCAUGUAGAAUAUGGAUUAAAUUCAAUGAAGAAAAAACUGGAAGAAAAGCUAGAGCCAAUUUUCACAAUGUAAUGCGUAAUAGAAAUAUUGAUUCUAGUCUUACACCAAUCGAACCAGUAAUACGUCAAAUAAAUACGAAGUCAACAAACUUCAAAGUAGAACGGAAGCAGUUUCCAAUAGUACCUUGUGAAGCUAUGACCAUAUACAAAAGUCAAGGCGGUACUUACGAGAAGGUUGUUGUCAAUUUGAAGAAGGGAAUGACAAGAUCUGAAUUAUAUGUUGCUUGUAGUCGUGCAACAAAAGCAAGUGGUUUAUACUUAAUUGGAGACUUCGUUCCACCAAAACCACCUGAACGUAAUGAUGCAGUGGCGAUGAUGUUCAAAAACAUGAGAUCUGAGCGAAUACUGAAAUUUUCACUUGAAUUUCCUGAAGAAUCUCAAGAAGAAAGAUUUUCUAUUAUGUUUCAUAAUAUACAAUCAUUGAAUAAACAUAUUUCAGAUAUUAAGUGUGACAAAACAUUUUUGCCUUCUUCCAUGAUAAGUCUUGUUGAAACAUGGACAAAACCAAGUGACAACUUGGAAAUUGAAGGUUUCAAGAUAGUUCACAGACGUGAUUGUGAUGAUGUACGAAAACCAUUUGGUCAAAUCAUUUAUUUGAAAAAUGAUUUGAAGUACGAAAAUAUCACCGAAAGAUAUGAAUAUUCAGGCAAAAACCAUAUUGAAUAUUCUUCAAUAAAAAUUGAUGAUAUUUGUAUAAUUUCCGUUUACAAUUCACCGAAUUCAUCAUUCGAUAUCUUAAAACGACAUAUUAAUGAAGUUAUAACUAUUUCAAAAGGAUUUUGUGAAAAUAUAAUUGUCGUUGGUGAUUUUAAUAUAAAUUUGAAGAUCAAAAUCAAUAACAAAUUUAUUGAAUAUAUGGAAUCAUUCGGACUUAGUUUGAAUAAUACACUAAAUAGAGAUUCAACUAAUGCAAAAACGCAGAUUGACUAUUGCUUCACUAAUGUGAAAGACUUAAAAUCUGAUUAUUUUGAAAGUCUUACAAGUUUUCAUAAACCAAUAUGGAUAAGAAAACAUAAAGUUUUGACUAAGUUUCAUUUUGAUGAAACCGAAGACAUUCGUACAAAUAUACCUUUUAAUAUUGAAGAUGUUAUAACUGAUGAUCAAUCUGACACGAUGGAAGUCGAUGAGAAAUUCAUUUUUGAAUGUUAUGAAACAGUCGAUAAAAACGAACAAAUUGACUUAGAUAUGUCUUUCCAUUUGGAAGAUCUCAAAGUUAAUGAUCCAUCUGACAUGAUGGAUAUUGAAGAAAAAUCUUCUUCCGAAAACUAUGAAAUCAUUGAUUCAAACUCAAGGAAGAUUUUGGAUCACUUUCUUUUUGCACUUGAUUUUAAUAAUACUACAGAGACUAAUCAAAUUUCAAGUCAAGCUCAAAUAAUUAAUGAUUUAAUUGAAAAAUCACCAUUUAUAACUAUGAAUAAUAAAGACCAAUCCGUCCGGUUAAAAUCGAAAACAGAAUAUUCUGUUCAAGCGUUCGAUUCUGUUUAUGCUAGAACUUGCACGACUGCAGAUGGUAAUUGUUUAUAUAGUUCUCUUUCGAUAAUAAAUAUUGGAUCUGAAAAACUAACACAUUCGAUGAGAUUGUUGGCAGUCAAUUCAAUGAUCAAUAAUAGCGAUUAUUUCCAAACACUUUGUAAAGUAUUGCAGUAUUCAUUUGAGGAACAGUUGAAAAGAACCGCUAUGGAUACAAUAUGGGGUGGAGAAGUUCAAAUUCAAGCGCUUUCUAUGGCUCUAUCUCAUCCUAUCUAUUCAUAUAUUCAGUUUAACAGCGAUCCAAAAAAUAGACAUUAUAUUUCAUCGAAUAUUAGUUUACAGGAACUAGUCGAUCGAUUUAUUAAAGGAACAGCAGGUGGUCAUCUGAAAUAUAUAGGAUACAAAUCCGAUAUGAAUAAACUAGGACUUUGUAUUUACUAUAAUGGUAGUCAUUAUGAUGCUCUUUUACCUUUUCGAGAUAAUCCUCAACAAUUUGUACCGCACUUUGACAUAAUUAACAUGAGUUUAUAA